GUCGAAACCGCACGUCCCGCCUCCUUUCAAUCUGUCCUGACACAAGAGACAACGUGUCGUGACAGGAAUCUCAAAUUCUACCCGAAUCCCAUACUCUGGAAUCUGAUCAAAAUCCGGCCUCGUUCCAAGAUUCCUCCAAUAAACACUUGUAUAGCUCGAGCAAUGCCUCAUCAUCAUUCUUAUAGACUCACUCCCCUUUGGAUAAUACGAGCAGCACUCGUUUUCCCGAGAAAGCCUGAGGCGGGUGCUGGUGUCGAGGCUGAAUGGCCCGACGGGCCGAGAAUCCAGCCCGUCUCCGCAGGCCCACAUGUAUGGGUCUGUGACAAUGAGGUGUGGGUCCGUGUAGCUUAUGUUAUGGACUGGGUAUAUGCCGGAUGGAGUCCGGAGCUGAAGUUGGGCCGAGUCAGUGCAGAUGAGGAGGUUUUGGUAGUAUGGGCUGCCACAGCCGUUUUGAUGGGAAUCGGGCCGCAUGAGGUUCGGCAUAACGGGCUCUUUCGGGCCUGUGUUUGGGUUAGGAGUAGUGUGAGGCAGAGGAUGAAGAUGGGGAGAGUGAAAGUUGAUGAUGUU